AUGAAACUGAAUGUAUAUGGUUCGAAUGUUUUCUUUCAAGAUGAGCCCCAGCUACCCCAAUACUACCACAGCACAGCCCACACCCCACCACAAUUACCCAACAAGACAAUUCUAUUCGCCUUGCCUCAAGGAACAAUAGAGCACUAUGUUAAGAUCCUGGGAACAAUGGGAUUGGAGCGUAACAAUAGGGCAAAACAAUUAUUAGAAUUAAACCCAACUAUAGCGUCUCAAAAUGGCAAUCUGCUCACCCAAAUCGAUGGCAGUGUGAGGACAGCACCAAAACUGCGUCGCCUGGUGCUCGAGCAGAAUCGCAUCCGGGUUGUACAAAACCUGGACGAGCUUCCCCAUCUACAGCUGCUCUCUCUGUCCGGAAAUCUUAUAGCCGAGUGCGUGGACUGGCAUCUGACAAUGGGAAAUCUCGUCGCACUGGAGCUGGCUCAAAAUAAGCUCAAGUCCUUGAAAGGCCUGCGCAAGCUGCUUUCAUUGGUCAAUCUAGACCUGAGCUGCAAUCAGAUUGAAGAUCUCGAAGAGGUUGAUUAUGUGGCUAAUCUUCUACUGCUGAAGUCCCUUAGACUCACUGGCAAUCCCCUGGCGGGCAAUGUGGACUAUCGGCCCCGUGUCCUGGCUCGUUUCCAUGAGCGCGCCGUCGAGAUUUCUCUGGACAAUGAGCGAGGCAGUCAGCAAGAGUUGGACACAGCCCUAGUGCUCUCCGCUCUGCUUCAAUUAAAGCAGCGCCAGCGCCAGAAAUGAUAUCGGCUCAAUUCUAGAAUUCCACAAAUCUAUUCAUGCGUAAAAGUAUUCCAACCGUCUAAAUUUAUUAGUCCUAGUUUUUUAACCAAGCCCUAAUGCCGUGUGUCUCUGUUUCUGGUAAUGUUUUAACUGUUUCGUCUAUCUCCGAUGUGCAAUAUUUCAAUCAUCACCUGAAAAUGUAAAGUGUAUAUCUAAAUCAAAUUUAU